AUGUGGUUCUCGCGCUCUAGUGGCCGUAAACAUGGCAAGGGGCAACAAGAAUAUCCACCAACGACAUCCUCACCGGUCAAACCGUUGUUGAACAACGAGGAGAACUACACCCUCUCUCGUUCACGCGACUCGUCGCCUACCAAGGCUCGACUUGUAGAAACGCCUUCUUCAUUUUCCACAAUACACGGUCAAGGACAGCGGCCCGAAUUUUCGAGAUCUAUAACGACGCCCGUGUUCGGGUCGCCGCCGCCUGACGCGCUGAACUUGCUCGACUCGGGUGCUCCUUCCGCGCCGCGAUUAAGCAUCUCUUCAUCCAAUGCUGGAAACCGUGAUGCACCGUCUAGUCCUACCGUGGGUGCCUCGAAUCGGUUUCUACACCCUGGAGGCUUCCUCCAGCCGCCGCCAUCGGCGCGUUCUCUGAGAAAUCCAUCGUACACGAAUCUAAUCGGAGAAGACGAGGCGGAAGGUGGGGAUAGGUUGUUUGAUGCGUUUACCGGACGGCCGUUGGCGACGAUGAACCCUAUGCGGGGUGGUGGUGCUGAUGCGUUGCCGACUAUUCAUCAAAUUGGAAGCGAUUUAGAGGUCAUUGGGCCCAGCAAUGGCGCGGCAGGAGGGGGACACAAGCAUCGAGGUAGUGGGGAGAUGGAGGAUCCUGCCAGGGUCCAAAUGUGGGAAUACCUCUCCAAGAUACGGACACUGCAAGCGGAAGUGGCCGCGUUGCAUUUCGCUAUGGACGGUCAAGCACUAGGGGAUCCGUGGGGUGCAGCUAGGACCGGUGGGAGGUCACGCAGCGGAAGCGUGAACAACCUCAACAAGGAUGCAAGAGCGGGGUUUGUUGAGAAGAAUUCAUCGGCUCCAAAGGUGGCUAUACCCACCGAGCCGUUACUCGUGAGGUCAAAGACGCGAGGGGGGAGCAACGACUCAGAUGAGGAGAGAGGAGAGGAUAAGAAAGCGAAAAUCGAAGAAGAUUUUCAGGCUCUCGAUAAGAUGUACGAGGACAAGCAAGACGUCCUAACCUCGGUUACCACAAAGCUCAAAGAGCUCGCUUCAGCGGUGCGAGCGUAUCAUGAGCUCGAGAACCCCAUAAUCAAUCCUACAUCGCGGCAUAAUACCCUCGAGUCGCAUGGCCAUGUGUUUUACGACAGUCCAGCGGCAAUCUCUACCAGCAAUUCGUCUCCUGUCAAGAAACCAAUCACUAUCGAGUCGUCGCGGGCGGUUCCAAGACUCUCCUUGGCCCCGAUCCUCACAGCAUCCCCUUCGUCGUCUCUUCCACCGAGUCCACUAUCCAAGCCUCAUAAUCACCAAACGCAAGUUCCACCAAGGGCCCGACGAACUUCGCUGGAGAUGGGUGCCGGAGGAGGUCCACAUCACUAUACCCCUAUAUCCCCCGGAACGCCUGGACCACAGGCGUUUCCUCUUCCCCCUCAAUCACCAAAACGAUAA